GCCUGCUUGCCCAGGAUACUUAAAUCGUGAAGUGCUUGAACUUCCAGCUCCAAAAAUCACAGCCUCUGUUCUGGGCGGCGCCCCUGUCCCCCAAGGCCAUGGCUCGGAUCUCGGGGCUCGUGCCCUCUCGCUUCUUGACGCUCCUGGCGCAUCUGGUGGUCGUCAUCACUUUAUUCUGGUCCCGGGACAGCAACAUCCAGGCUUGCCUGCCUCUCAGGUUCAGCCCCGAGGACUAUGAGAAGCAGGACCUCCAGCUGGUGACAGCGCUCUCUGUCACCUUAGGUCUCUUUGUAGUGGAGCUGGCCGGUUUCCUCUCUGGAGUUUCCAUGUUCAACAACACUCAGAGCCUUAUCUCCAUUGCUGCUCACUGUAGUGCGUCUGUGGCCCUAUCCUUCUUCAUAUUUGAGCGUUGGGAGUGUACAACAUACUGGUAUAUUUUUGCCUUCUGCAGCGCCCUCCCAGCGGUCACUGAAACGGCCUUAUUCGUAGCAGUCUUUGGGCUGAAAAAGAAACCUUUCUGACCAUCAUAACUGGAAAGAAGGGACGAAAGAUGGAGAAGCUAGUGGCCACCUAUCGUUCCUGGAAGAAGGAAGGCAAAGGCUUCGGUCCCCUCCUUCCGCCCCCUCGAAACUGGUGGUAGAGGAUGGCUGUGUUGGGAUAAUAAUCUCCCGAAUUUGG